AUGGAUGAAUGGAACGUCCUAACUGCAACGGCAACGCAGCUUAGCCAAUUGCUGUAUUGGGGCGACACUACUAGUGUGGAUAUCGUCAAGGCCUACCUCGCUCAAAUCGACCGGCACAAUAGAGCUGGCUUGAACCUGCAUUCAUCUCAGGGCAAGACCCGCAGUCCACUUCAUGGAAUUCCGAUUAUCAUAAAAUAUGCGAUCAUCACGUCCGAGUCCCUAGGUUUACCUACCACGGUCGGCGCCGCUGCGUUCAAAGACACAUAUGGACGGAAGAACGCAUGCAUCAUAGAUAUACUCCUAGACCACGGCGUGAUCAUUUUCGUCAAAGCCAGUCUAACGGAAUUCUGCGGCCUGAAGGCGACGUGCAUGACCGCCGGUUGGUCAGCAGUAAAUGGACAAACUCGGUCCGCUUAUAUCAAGGGUGGUUUUCGAUCGGACGACCUGUUCAUCGGUCGCUCUGGACCGGGAGGCUCCUCGUCCGGGUCUGCAGUGGGUGUUUCAGCCGGCUGUGCGCCGUUAUCGCUGGGGACGGAAACUUCGGGUUCAGUCUGCAUGCCGGCAAAUCGGGCGGGAUUGUACUCUAUCAUUGCCACUCGCGGGAGUGUCCCAAUGGACGGAAUUUUUCGCUUAAGCAAAGACUUUGAUAAGUUGGACCUGGGUCUGUUGAUGCCACUGCUCAAUGGCACGCGCUUGGUGUCUGCAAAGUGGAGCGACGUCUCGGUCGGAUUUGUCGAUCCAAUUGUAUGGGAUGCGUUUGGAUUCCAAAAGAGCCAGGACAAAUAUGUGGAAAGUCAAAUUAGAGCGCAAAUAACUCUCCGAGGAGGCCGGGUUGUCUACCCCGUAGAUUUGCCGACAAUGGAGGGCCUUCGCUUUGAAGGCAAAAGCGUAAACUAUACUGUUGCAUGUCACAUCAGUUCCGGAUUGAUCCAAUACAACGGAGAACAUGCAUCUUCUGCCAUGCCGCAGCCACAUACAGAUCAAAAUGACCUCGAGGAGACCCUCAAAUCAACAUUGACAGAAGAGAAAGCUACGGCAGCCAAGGCCUACGCUCAACACUUGGCCGGUCCCGACGGCAUCGAUGCGACACUGCAGGAAAAUCAUAUUAACCUGAUAAUUGGGCCAGGUGAUUGUGCAAUUUGUGCAGUGGCGGCUCUUGCGGGUUAUCCCACUGCCAUGGUUCCACUUGAUCGCUUGGAAGGUCCUGGUGGGCUGGGCCAGCCUCAGGGGCUAAUGCUGAUAAACAGUGCGGGUGGUGAAGCACAGAUCCUGGCAUUCAUGCAGUUGUGGAAACAGGUUGUGGGUGAUUGGAAAGUCCCCCCUUUACUGCUCUAA